GCUCGCAUUGUACAGCGUUAACUUCACGGACUACCCUUUGUGCCAAGUUUGUACCAUAUUUAGACAAUUGAGACAAUGUUUUCCAAGUUGCUUAUUCUCGCCAUAGCUGUACUGCAUGUGCAUGCCUUAGUUGAACUUAGGGAUCUGCACGAAGAGCAUGGCCCUGUCGCCUAUGAGUUCCAGUAUGCCGUACAUGACCCGCACACAGGCGACAUUAAAUCGCAGAAGGAAGCGCGUAAAGACGAUCGUGUUGAAGGCGUUUAUGAACUUAUCGAUUCCGAUGGUCAUCGUCGCGUGGUGCAUUACAAAGCGGAUGAUCAUAACGGCUUCGAGGCAGUUGUGUCUCGUGAACCCACCAAUAUUAAAAUUCCCAUUCCUGAGGUGCAUCAUAAAUUAAUUGCCACCAAAAUCGUGACCCCAACAUUGCUGCAUCAUUAGAACGUUGGAGAGAGAC